UUCGACUCCAAGUUCACACAGCUCUAACCUCAUAUAAACAAAUCAUGCAAAGUGGCAACUCAGUACUCCAAUGAAGUGGUUUUUAAUAUUUUUAAUGAGCAAUCCUCAUGAUGGCUGAGAGAGGAGCGCACUUGACUGGCACAGCCGUUGUUAAACCCACAAUAUUCGAAAUAGUGGCACAAGAAUCGUUAGCAUCGACAUUAGAACCAGCUUUCAAAAGAGUGUUCUCUUUUUUAGUGACUUGUAAUCUUGAGAGAUAUGGGUGGCUCGCGCAGUGGUCCGACGAGGCAUAUGCAGUUUUCCAUGGAAUGCUGCAGAGGUUCUAUUUGAAGAAUUAUGGUGCAUCAUUCGCUGAAACAUUUUAUGGACUUCAGAGGAUAGCAAUAUUAAACUCUAAACCUACAGGGAAAAUAUCAAAAAGACAGCAAAAAUUGUCACUGAUAUUUCUGCUCCUUCAUCCAUAUCUGAAGGCCAAAGCGAGUCAAUUCGAGUUGGACGAAAUAGACGGCAAAUCUCCGAAAGAGAAAUGGAAGAGAAUACUGAAGGCGUACUUCGUGAAGGCCCACAGGAUCUACAAUUUCAUUCGCGAAAUGUCUGGAAUGUAUUACUAUUUAUCGUACAUCUCGGACAGAUCCGCCUAUCCAACUCCCCUGCUGCAUCUGCUAUCAAUGACUCUUACCUACUCUCAUCCUCACGAAGUGAUCUCAAUCUCAGAGUUACUCAGCAAGUGGAGACAGGGGACUUUCACGACGCACGAUGGGGUGCAUCUCCUGCAACGAGGGUUCACGAGAAGUCUAGAAUUGGGGGCAUUUUUCCUGCAAUUCGUCAACUGGUGGAAUCAGGAGAAUUUUUAUAAUAAUCUCAUGUCGUUACCUGUACCACCACCACCUCCAGUACCUGACAUUGCUAGGAGGUAUAAAGGCUUGUGCCCAGUGUGUAUAAAGUCUCCAAGCAUUCCAACUGCCCUUUCUGUUUCAGGGUAUGUCUUCUGCUAUCAGUGUAUCCUAUUAACAAUCCAAACCAAUGGGAAAUGUCCAGUGACCCACUACCCCGCGAAAGAAGACGACUUAAUACGUAUCUACAACUGACACCUUCAAUCAAUUUUUUAAACGAAACUCUCAUCUAUAUUUUAAGACAAAUUCCGGUGGCUGUGGUACAGUUCAAAUGAACAAAAAUAAUGUCGAAGUAUGUAUGUAUACUAUCAAAAUAAUACAUUUUAUUUUAAACAAGUA